AUGGCUCCGGUCAGAUCCUCCGCCUCAUGGCUGUCCUCUGUGAUGGCCGUGUGUGCCAUCCUGUGUCUCUCGGUGCCCGCCAACGCCCUCUACUUCUACAUGGACGGCCGCCAAACAAAGUGCUUCUUUGAGGAGCUCCCUAAAGAUACCCUGGUUGUCGGUACCUACUCCACCGCCGUGAUCAACCAGCAAUCCAACACCUACAAUGUGGACCCUAACCUUAAGAUGCUCGUCACCGUCGACGAGAUCUUCGACAACGACCACCGCGUUGUCUCCAAGCGUGACAGCCACUCCGGACGCUUUACCUUCUCCGCUGCCGACGCCGGCCUGCACAAGAUCUGCGUGACCCCCGAGACCAACGCCGCAACUGGCGGUGGCUGGCUGUCGGGCGCCCCGUCCGGUGCGGUCCAGGUCACUCUGGACAUGGCUAUCGGUGAAACGAGCAAGAUUGAGACGGAAGACAAGGACAAGAUGCAGGAUAUUGUGCAGAAGGUGAAGGAUCUGAACGGCCGGUUGCAGGAUAUUCGUAGGGAGCAGGUGUUCCAGCGGGAACGUGAAGCUGAAUUCCGUGACCAGUCCGAGGCCACCAACUCCCGCGUGGUUCGGUGGACUCUCAUCCAGCUGGCUGUGCUGUCGGUGGCAUGUGCUUGGCAGCUUUCGCAUCUGCGGUCGUUCUUCAUCAAGCAGAAGUUGACAUAA